AUGCUGCUGAUCUAUAUAAUGGAUGAAGAGGAGGCGUUUUGGGCACUGGCACAGCUGCUGGAUGGACCACACCACAAAAUGCACUGCCUGUUUGUACGCGACUUUCCGGGCCUGCGGCGCUACUUCACGCACCACGAUCGCGUCCUGCGCACACACCUGCGCAAGGUGUGGAAACACUUCCGCCGUGAGCACGUUGACUGCUGCACCUACGCCUUCAAGUGGUACAUGCAGUGCUUCCUUGGACGGCUCCCCAUCUCCCUGACCCUGCGAAUAUGGGAUAUCUACUUGCUGGAGGGCGAAAAAGCUAUGGUCGCUAUGGCCUAUAACAUCCUCAAAAUGCACAAACAACGCCUACUUCGGAUGGACCAGAUGCAAAUUCUCACCUUCCUUCAGGAUGAGAUUGUCCGAGAUUUCGGCUUCGAUGACGAUGAUGUUAUCGACGCAUUGAAGGAUUGCCUAGAGGAUCUGCGACGCACCAAUAUGGACGCCCCUCCACCCCUUACCGCCGAUAUGUUGCCCACAAAGUCGAUGGGUCAGGCGCCAGCGGUGUGGGAGGUCUGGCACUCCGACGACGAGGAUGCUACCAAAGUAGAACAGAAGCGACAGAACCGGAAAUCAAAAUUAAUAGAGACCGGUGCCACUUCCUCUGGUGCUGGUGCCGUCCUCGUGACAGCGGACGGCGUUCUGAAGUCGGAUGAACUGCGAAUUACAACACCAGGGUCGAUGCCGAAGAUGAGGAAGCCGUUAUCUGGGGUCAAUUCUGAGGCAUCUACAACCCAUAGGAGUCAGCAAAGGCAGUCUUCGUCGAUAAGUCCACAGAGCGUCAAGAGUCGCCCAAAGCUAUCCACCAGCUCGACUUUUCAAUCACAACGACGGCCCAACAGUGAAAAGGCGACAGCCGUGAGCGAGGAGAGGGAGGGAGGCGAGGAGGAAAACGUGUGGUUUAUCCCCUCGGGAACUGUUUGCACUGCAGCCAUCACCCAACCUCAUAGUCGAAGAAAAGAAGGCACCGAGCGCCGAAGGAGUUCAAAAACCGUUAAUGCGGAUCUGCCACCACGAGACUACAAAGUGGUCAAGGAGGUUGAUGCUGUAAAGAAAGCUGAGGGUUAG